UUUCAAUUCAAGCUGAUAGUUAUGGAUGUUAAUGUCUCGGGUGAAGGUAAUAUUGACCCACAACAGCAUGAAGAGAACGUGUCUGUUACAUGUUCAAACCCAAUAUCAAGAUCAAGGAAAUCUUGUCCAAACAAGUCUGGUUCUCGUCGCACAUCGGAUGUUUGGGGAGAUUUUGAUUUGUUCGAUUGCGUGCAUGAGGGAAAGGCAAGAAAGAAAGCAAGGUGCUUAACUUGUGACAAAGAGUAUUUCGCUGAUUCAAACUUGGGCACAUCAAACCUAAGGCGACAUAGCUAUACUCAUAAACCAGCACGUAAGUCAAACAAUCUUUUUGCUGAAUUUGACGAAGAG